AAGUCAAUCAUUACUCUGUUUUCAACUCCUACAAAAAUCUUUUUUGCAAUCCACCAAAUAAGCAGCCACCAAAACUUGCUUCUUUACCAAGAACUGUGAUAACAAAGUUAUCCAGAACUUUAAGAAACUUCUUUUUUGGACCAUAAUUAUGUAAAUUGAAGCGUUUUGGACAAAUGGGUUUGCUUGAAAUUGCGAGUUCCAUGGACUGGGAGCACGAAUCCUACCCUCAAUAUGAAGACUUCAUCGUGCUCCCUCUUUUUGCUGUCUUUUUCCCAAUUCUGAGGUUUUUACUGGACAGAUUUGUAUUUGAGUGGGUGGGAAGACGAUUGGUAUUUGGGAAGGGAAUGGAAGUGGUGGAAAACGAAAGCAAUGAGCGAAAAAAGAAGAUACGUAAGUUCAAGGAGUCAGCGUGGAAAUGUGUAUAUUUUCUUUCAGCUGAGAUCUUGGCACUUUCUGUGACCUACAACGAGCCGUGGUUCACAAAGACAAAGCACUUCUGGGAAGGACCCGGAAAUCAGACCUGGCCCAAACAAAAGUAUAAGUUGAAAUUGAAAGGCCUUUAUAUGUACACUGGCGGCUUCUAUGUUUACUCUAUAUUCGCUUUGAUAUUUUGGGAGAUGCGACGCUCUGAUUUUUGGGUUUCUAUGGGCCACCACGUCGUAUCAUCCACUCUCAUCGUAUUAUCUUAUAUACUGAGGUUCGGGCGAGUUGGUUCGAUGGUUUUAGCUCUUCAUGAUGCCACUGAUGUUUUCUUGGAAAUAGGCAAGAUGUCCAAAUACAGUGGCGCAGAAGCAUUAGCAAGCUGCUCGUUCGUUAUGUUUGUCCUUCUCUGGAUCAUUCUUCGUCUCAUUUACUAUCCCUUCUGGAUUCUAUGGAGCACAAGUUAUGAACUUAUCGAGUACUUAGAUAAGGAGACUCUAAAAGGCGAAGGGCCAAUCUAUUACUAUGUCUUCAACACGCUUCUUUUCUACCUUCUCGUCCUUCAUGUCUACUGGUGGGUUCUGAUGUUCCGGAUGCUAGUCGCCCAAAUCAAGGCAGGCGGUGCAGUAAGUGAUGAUGUUCGAUCUGAUUCGGAGGAUGAAGAUCCACACGAGGACUGAAGUCGAGAAAGUCAGAGACCGAUAUACAAUGGAAGUAGGCACUCUCUUUUCAAUUGCUGCUGCUAUUGCUAAGUUGGCUUUUGUUCUUGUCCAUGAUUCAAGAAUCGAGUGGUAUAAAAUGAGCACUACUUGAAAGAGGAGGCUUAUAUGAUUCACAAUUUGUGAAUUUUGGAUUUGUGUGUUUCUUAUAAUACUACAUGUAUAGAGUAAAUUUAAAUUUUCAUCAUUUUAUACACUGAAUUUGUAAUCUCGGAAAAACUAGUCAAAUAUGUUUUGUAAAAUGAGUUACUAAUAAAUGAGUUCUAAUUGGAA